AUGAUUAACGCUUGCGUAGUUUUUACCUACAGUUAUACGUCGGUUCUCAGAGUGUCGUCACAUGUUCAGAGCACGGCGUCAAAUAAUGACCCGUUCCGCUUUCAAGGUGAGGGUGUUGAUUUUAAAGGAAAGUUAAUUGGUGUCAGAGAUGUGGAUGAACCCCGUGGUGACCUUAUGUGUGCAGAUGCUAUGCGACGAGCCAAAAUGGCUGUCAAGACUGCUGGGCAUCACAAGCAGCGAAUCAUCUUGAACAUAUCCAUUGAGGGGAUCAAGAUCAAAGAUGAAAAAAAGGUCACACUUUAUAAUUUUCCCGUGUCAAGAAUUUCCUUCAUUGCGCGUGAUACUACUGACGCACGUGCGUUUGGCUUUAUUUUUAGCUGCUCCGACAAUAAGUAUAAAUUUUACGGUAUAAAAACUGCACAAACGGCAGACAAAGCAGUACUUUCGAUUCGUGAUAUGUUCCAGAUUGUAUUUGAAAUGAAAAAAGCUCAUCUGGCGGAGGUCAAACAAAAGCAGGAGGGACAACAAAACGAAGCUACUCGAGUUGAAGAUGGUGUGCGAAUGGACAAUGGGGUUGCCGUAGCCGAUCUUCUUGAUCUUGAAACAGAGUUACAGAAUAUUGAACAGGGAGUUAACCAGCUCCAGAAUAUUCCAGCUUUCGUUGAGGAUUCAUGGCCAAAUGCAGACGCAUUUUCAAACUCGCAGACACCAUCCGCAUUCGUGAAUUCUCCUUUUAAUGGUUCUUCUUUCUGUUCGUCAUCGGACCCUUUCACUAGCAAACCUGUAAUACCGCCGUCUUUGGGCGCGCCAUUAGCAUACCACUUACCGUCAACUGCACCCUUGCAACCUUCAAAUCCUUGGUCGCACUUAAGCGCUGUGCAGUCAGCUCCAAAUUUCCAAACCACUGGUUUAAUAUGUUUCUUUUCGUACGAAACGAAUCCCUUCGCUUCAUCUGUUGUGGAUCCUGUUGAUCCUUUCGAUACUCAGUCUGCACAUCGUAUUAUAGAAUCUACGGGUUCUUUUCAGAAGAAUGGUAUUCAAUGGCCACAGAAUGAAAACUCAGCUCCGUUUCCUCAAACUAGAGAUAAUAAGUCGCAGUGGUACGACACAAGGAAGGUCACAUCUUUAGAAGAAGCUUUUACGAAGUUAGUUGAUAUGGAUGCACUGGUUUCCGGGCCAGAAAUUAAGAAAAAUCCUUUCGAUGACCUUAUAAAUCCUCCAAAGGUUCCAAUUGCUGCAAUGGUCACUCAUGGUCACCCGCCGUGUAUCCCAGCUCGUACGACAGCACCAUUAGUGUUUUCUGGAGCAAACAACGACCCUUUUAAUGAUGAAUUUUUUAGCUAA